AUGGAGAGGAAGUUCUUACAGGAAUUCACUCUUCCAACGACAUCAGCCCCGAUAGCAAGUUACAUCAUUCAGAAGACAGACAGGCCACCAGCCACAGUUGUUAAGUUCCUUAACCAAUUGGAAUGCCCAGCCUCAAUCCUGAAUGCAGCGCAUGCCCAUGAGCUGCUGAAGAAAGCCCAAGAUCUUGAGAACGUCUGUCGAUCCACCAAGGAGGAAUGCCGUCAACGCCUUCAGCAGGCCUUUGUUGAUUUGAAGCAAGCUGAACUUCAGCUUUUCGAAGUUGAGCUAUAUGUUGGACGCAUCCAGUUCAUGGUUUCAAAAGCUGGAGUACCCCUGCUGGCCCCCCACAUCGAUCGCCCUCUGUCUACUGUUUUAGUUGAAGGAGAUAUCACCCGCAGCAUUGCACAAAAUUAA